AAUACCGUUUGCACACUGCUCUGCGACCGAUAAAUAAUUAUAUCGCAAGAAUAGUAAUUAUUAAUAUUUACAUUACACCGAACAUGGCGUCACCUGCAGUUGUACAACCAUGGCGAUCCGCACUGUUCCUGUUCGUGGUCGUCUGCACGGCCAAUGCCGGUCGGAGCCAUCGUCGAGACGUCAGUACCUUCGAUUCGCUUCACCUGUACCCGCGACCGGCGUACUUGCCGAUUAUGCCUUACUACGAGGUGGACAUUCCAGAACAGGAAGGAAAAUUUUUUGGCGUCAUGGCGGCCACCCGAUACGAAACCAUUAUCGUCAGAGAAACCGUACGUCCGGUGUGCCUGUACGUGGACGGGAACGUGCCGUCUUGCGAUCACGUGAUGCACAGCAAUCACAACAGCCGCCCGCAGAAAGUCCCGGGACCGGUCAUAUCUCGGCGUCCGCCGGCCAUCGAUUACGAGACGUAUUUCAUCGAACCCAGCAAACCGGACGCGAAGAUCGAGUGAGUGUCCGACGGGAUAUCGUGACGUCGCGGUGUCGCGAUAAAUAAAUAAA